UAUAAAUGUCAAUGCUCAAGAAAUCGCAAUCGUUUUUCCCAGGAUCCGAUCCACCACCUCCAACCCCUACAUUGGGUAAAACUGAAGAUGCUAAGUCAAGUUUAUUUGGAGCUCCAAAGAAGGAAGUAGCCAAUCCAACAGGGCUUUUUGCUAACAAAACUACCACAGGAGGACAAUCCACAACAGCAUCUUCCACAGGAGGAGGGCUAUUUGGCGGAGGUGCCAAAACUAGUGGAACUACAGGUUUAUUUGGAAGCAAGACAGAAACUUCAGGGACUUCAACUGGGCUUUUUGGAAGCAAACCAGCCACGACUGGGGGGUUCGGGAGUACCGCGUCUAAACCUUCGACUGGGCUUUUUGGAGGUUCGUCAACAACCGCUAGUACUAGUUCAGGAGGAGGUUUAUUUGGACAAAAAACCACUUCUGCUCCUACUCUUGGACAACCAACUCAGCUUGGAGUUGCUCAACCGCAAGGAGAUACUAAUCAGGCUGAGAUAGAAGGAUGCUUAAAUAACUAUGCUCAAAUUAUUGAUCCUUGAAAUGCUAAAAACAAUCUAGUUGCAUGUAUGUACAACAAAUUUAACAAGAAUGUUUCAGGAUUGUUAAAAGAGCAAAUCAAAAAUAUCGCUCCAGUAAAGGACGUUGCUUCAAUUCCUGAAAACUCCAAGCUUGACGGAGAGACAGUUGGACAAAAGCAAGUAGAGGUGUUUAUUAACCAGAAAAAGUAUUCUAAGGCUAAAAAUGAGAAUCCUAAUCCAGACCAACUAUACAUCAAGCAGAUUAACAGCUAUGGAGAGCUUUAUGAACGUCUUCAUAUCCUCAAAAAGACAGCAAAGCAAGUGACUGAUGCCAUGAAGAAUAUUAAAGAGAAAAUGAAUUCUGUAAAGAAUAAAGUUAAUUCAGAUGCCAAGCUCAAGCAGGGCAUCAAGACUCUAAAAGAGAAUAUGAAAAUGUUAAGAGGCAAAAUCCUAGCAGUUCAGUCAAAAUUAAGUCUUGUCAAAGAAUCGCCUUAUUUAUCUCUCGAAGAUCAUGAGAGAUUAGAUAAGGUAUUUAAAGAAGCAACUCAGCCAAAUAAGAUUCCAGGAAAGAUAGAGACUAUCAAGGGAAAGCUCGAAGACCUUCUUGAGGCAAGAGGAGCCCAUCCGUCUACCCAGCCAGCUCAGGCAUUUAAUUCAAUCUCUAACGAUGAGAAAAGAAGAGUUAUCUCUGUCAUGAGAGAGCAGACAAAGGGCAUAUUCUCUUUGAUCAAAGAGACUAAGAAGAAUGCUUUCCAGCUUGAAGCAAUCGAAUUUGUUGCAAAGAGUGUCAAACAUGAGCAAGAAAGAAAGCAACUUGCAAGUGACAGAUAUGUUUAUUAA